AUGGCUGGGCUCAUUCCCAACACCAGAGAUGGCUUCAAUUUCCCUGAAUCGAUUAAAUCCCUUCCUCUCCCUGCAACUUCUUCCACAACAGAUAUUCAGGCUGCUGCUGUGGAAGCUGCAUACUCUUUUCAACACCAAGAGAAACAAGAAGUACCACAACUGUGCUCCAACACCAAUGAUGAUGAUAACAACAAUGGUUUUCUUGAGUCGGAGCCCACUAUACACAAUCAAUCAGUGUCCACUGAUGUUUCAGGAACUGGAAACGAAAACAAUGAGAUGGUGGAUUCAUGGCUUGAUUGGCUAAACUUGCUAAUGAAUAUUGCAGAUGGAGUACAGGUUGGAUCUUCUCUGCUCUUUCAUAACACAUUUACUAGAGAAGAAGAUCAAGAUCAUCACUUUACAUCUCUUUGGGAUUUCACUUAG